GGGAGUGCCACGUACUGGCUGACGUUGACAGUCCGAGUGACACUUCCUAUUGCUGGUUCCUUGCCUAGCUAGGCCAGCUAACGAAGUAGAGUUUCACGAUUUUGGGAAACCCUGUGACACAAAGCGUGGUAAAGUCGUCUGAUUCAGGCAGUGGGAGCAGUAGAGAUCAGACGGCACCAUGAACGGCCAGCUGGACCUGAGUGGCAAGCUGAUCAUCAAAGCCCAGCUGGGUGAUGACAUUAGACGCAUCCCCAUCCACAAUGAAGACAUCACAUAUGAUGAGCUCGUGCUGAUGAUGCAGCGCGUCUUCAGGGGAAAGUUGCAGAGUAACGAUGAGGUUACCAUCAAAUACAAAGAUGAAGAUGAUGACCUCAUCACCAUUUUUGACAGCUCUGACCUCUCAUUUGCAAUCCAGUGCAGUAGAAUACUCAAACUGACAUUAUUUGUGAAUGGUCAGCCACGGCCUUUGGAAUCCAGCCAAGUGAAGUACCUACGCAGGGAGCUCAUUGAGCUCAGGAAUAAAGUCAACAACCUUCUGGACAGCCUGGAGCCUCCUUCAGAGCCUGGAAUGACUUCUGCAGCACCUCACAAUGAAUCAGUGGAUGGACGUGAAGGCAAAGUUAUGACAGCAGAUUCAACAGUGAAACAGGCUCCUCCAGUCAGCGCAGCCAGCAUGUCGGCUUUUGACCCGUUAAAAAACCAGGACGAGGUCAACAAGAAUGUCAUUUCUGCUUUUGGCCUGAGCGAGGACCAGGCCCCAGUUGCUCCCCCUGCUGUUGCCACAGAGGAGCGCUCAGGGACCCCUGACAGCAUUGCUUCCUCCUCCUCUGCAGCACCUCAGCCAGGAGUGCCGCCUCAGCCACAGGGUCCCUAUGCUGGGGUACAACAAGGGCCGCCAGCAGGAGUUGAUGGUCAGGUGUAUCAGCAGUACCAGGCUCCAGGUGGAUACCCUCCACAGCAGCCAGGCGCACCGCCGCAGCAGCAGUACGGUAUGCAGUACCCUGCUGGAUAUAGUUCUCAGCCUGGGGCUCCUCAGCCUGGCCCUCCACAGCCUCAGCAGCAGCAGCAGCAGUUUCAGAACUACCCUCCGCCCUCCUCUCAGGCUCCAGGCCCUGGUCCUGCCCCAACUCCUGGUUUCCAGACCGGGCAGCAGCAGCAACAGCAACAGCAGCAGCCUCAUCCAUCUCAGGGAGCUCAACAAUACCCACCAGGAGCCUUCCCUCCCCAAAACUAUACCUCCCAGGGCUCCCAGCCUGCCAACUACAGCAUGCCAGCUGGCUCCCAACCCGGCUCGGGGUUUCAAACCCGCCCGGGAUUCACCCCACCGCCAGGCACUGCCGUCACUCCCCCACCUGGCGCUGGUAACCCCUACGCUCGCAACCGCCCCCAUUACGGCCAGGGCUACACUCAGCCUGGUCCCGGGUAUCGGUAAAAGAGGGUUAGGGUGAUAAUAA